UUCAUUAUUGGGUCUAAUAAUUUACGUGCGUCAUGUGAUGACGCACAUGCGCCGUAAGUUUCAUGCGCACGCUUUGCGUAACACACACCUUUGUAACAUAGGCGCGAAAUUUAAAUUCCCAGAAGAAUAUUUUUUUCUCGGCGAUUACUUCAAGUAAAAAGAGCACAGUGGAUAACGACAUGGGAUUGUUUGUAAAUAUUGUGUCAUCGAGUGAACAUAGUUUUUUGUAAAGAAGUAUUUAAUAUCUUCAAUUAAUGAAGUCGUAAUAUAUGCCAAAAUUAACCACGCUUUCAAUUGUAUAAUAAAUAAAUUAGUCCAAAAUGUUGAGACGUAACCUUGUGAAAAGUUCUUGGUGCAGAAUUCGUAAAAGAAAUCUUCACGAAACAGUUAGGGCUACAAAACCUUUGGAAAAUAUAGAAAAAUGUGAUACUUCGAGAAUACGAAACAUCGGAAUUAUGGCUCACAUCGACGCUGGAAAGACCACAACGACUGAACGAAUGUUGUAUUACUCAGGUCUGAUAACGAAUCCAGGAGAAGUACAUGAUGGAAACACAGUCACAGAUUACAUGGAUCAGGAGCGUGAACGAGGAAUAACGAUAACGUCGGCAGCAGUGACAUUCCCCUGGAAACAACACAAAUUCAAUUUGAUAGAUACUCCAGGACACAUAGAUUUUACAAUGGGAGUGGAGCAAACGCUGGGUGUUUUAGACGGGGCAGUAGUGGUUUUGGAUGGAUCCGCAGGGGUGGAGGCUCAAACGAGUACAGUGUGGCGGCAGGCUGAUCGUUACGCAAUCCCUCGUCUGGUAUAUGUUAACAAAAUGGACAGAUCAGACGGAGACUUUGAUUUAUGUUUAAAUUCCAUAGAAACUAAGUUGGACAGUGUUGGAUUGCCAACGCAGAUGCCGUUGCGAGAAAAAAUGGUGUUGACAGGGUUGGUAGAUCUGUUGACAAUGGAAAAAAUAACGUUUGACAAAAAGAAUCAGGGAAAGACUUACACAAGAGAAAUAUUGAGGGAGAAAGAGGACGGUAUGUUGUGGGAGGAGGCUUGCGAAAGACGACGCUCCCUGACUGAUAAACUGUCAAGUUUGGAUGACACGUUGGCCGAUUUGAUAAUAGCAGAGGAAUCCUUGGAUGGGAUAAAUGCUCAAAUAUUAUCGGAAUCGUUGCGUCGCUGUACAAUCAAACGAAAAGGCGUGCCAGUUUUGCUUGGAAGUUCGUACAAAAAUAUCGGAGUACAGCCACUCAUGGAUAGCGUAAUAUUGUUCCUCCCAUCGCCCGAGGAGAAUCCGAGAGCGAAAGAAUACCGUUGCUUCGAGGAUAAUUUUUCGGCACGGGCGUUUAAAAUAAUUCACGACAAGCAACGUGGUCCUAUCACUUUUUUCAGGGUUUACACGGGUCGUUUAACCAAAGGUCAGAAGAUCUACAACAUUGAGAGAGAAAAGAGCGAACAAGGCGGUCGCUUGUAUGCGGCUUACGCGGACGACUACGAGGAAAUCAACGAAAUCACUGCCGGGAACAUCGGCGCGUUCACAGGCCUGAAGUACACGGUUACGGGUGACGUUGUGACGAGUAGCGCUUCAGCCGCUGGUCGGGCCCAAAGAUUAUUUGAGAAGAUGAAGAAAAGGUCUGGCGAGGUAGAUGAGAAUGUGAAAUUAUCAACUGGCGCGAGUAUACCGGAUCCUGUUUUCUUUUGCUCCAUCGAACCACCCUCGUUAACUUAUCAAGCUCCUCUCGAAAGUGCCCUUGCAGAACUCGAGAGAGAAGAUCCGAGUUUGAGAGUCACCCAAAAUGAAGAAACCGGACAAACCGUGCUCGCUGGAAUGGGCGAAUUACAUAUUGAUAUUAUAAAAGAGAGAAUAAGAAGCGAAUACAAAAUCGACGUCGAUCUCGGACCUUUGCAAAUCGCUUACAAAGAAACAGUUGUUACGAGCGCCAAAGACACUCUCGUCUCACAACACAAAAUCGGCACUACUAAUCACAGUGUAAACGUUACUCUUUCUCUCAUUCCAAAUUAUCGUAACACCCAAUUGCUCGAAUUCGACAAAACGAAGGAUAACGCAUCGAACAUUGCGGGUAUACAUCCGAGGACGAUGGCAGCUGUUAAACGGGGCGUCAACAACGCUCUUAUGACCGGACCUAAAAUCGGAUGUCCAGUUGUCGAGGUUGGCGUUAAAUUGCACUGGCUCGAAGUUGGCAGAGGCACGUCAGAUAGCAUGAUUACUGCUGCGGUUUCACGAUGUAUCCGCAAAUUACUCGUGGACGCGGGUAUUCUUCUUCUGGAACCAAUAAUGAGUCUGGAGGUCGUGACCCCAGAACAGUACGCUUCGAGCAUCCUGGCUGAUCUGAGUCGUCGAAGAGCCGACAUACAGGAAGUUGGAAUGCAAGGUCGUUACAAAUUGAUAAGGACAUUGGCGCCGCUCUCGGAGUUGUUGGGCUAUGCGACCGCGUUGAGAAUAGUGUCAUCGGGUACGGCAACUUUUACGCUCGAAUUUCACCAAUAUCGAGCGAUGGGAUCGUUGGAAGAACAAGAAGCGAUUAAACGAAUCACUGGAUUUUAAGCAUCGUGAGCGAGGAAAAAGGAUCGAGAUCGGUAGAACUCAUUCGAUUGAGUUUUUGUAUUUAAAACAACAUUUGAAGAGUAUAAAUUAUUAUAAAUAAAUCGUCGAAAACUAAA